CAGACUUGAGUCAACGUUUCUUCAAACUUCACUUCCUAAUAAAUAUGGAAGUAAGUUUCAAAAGAAACGUUGACUUAAAUCUGUGCAUUGAUGUCACAUACGUGUGUUGUAGACUGCCCAUCACAUGCACAUAGUACAGUAGAUCUAACGUAGCGCUGCAAGCUUGGACAUUCUGGUGCUUGGACAUAAAACAAAACAUGGCGCCCAUCGUUCUGAUGUCAUCUUUCUCCAAAUUCAUUAGACAUAUUGCAGUUUUUGGUCAUCAAAGGGUGGCACAAACAGAAUUAGUGAAAAACAUUAGCACUUCAUCUUUUAUUCGACACAGUUUAUCGGGGUAUAACAGGCUAUGGCGCAGACGAGCUAUUUUAACCGGAAUAGGGUUGGCAGUGUCUGGCGCUGUUUACAAUCUUGCACCGUCUGCUACAGAGACAUUGAAAUUAAGCAACGUUCUUGGCCAUCUUCCUUUUGUAUGCGCAGCCACACCAGUCUCUGAUGAUGAUAAACCAUCUAAACGUUUCAAUUACAUCGCUGAUACAGUAGAGAAGGCUAUACCAGCUGUUGUUUACAUUGAAAUACAAGGCAAGCACCCAUACAGUGGCCAGAAUGUGCAAACCUCAAAUGGAUCUGGAUUUAUAGUACGUGAAAAUGGCCUUAUUCUGACAAAUGCCCAUGUAGUUGCAAACAAACAAGUUGUCAAGGUGAAGCUGAAUGAUGGCAGAGUAUUUGAUGGUUAUAUACAAGCGGUAGAUCCUAUCUCGGAUCUUGCGACUAUUAGAAUUAAUGCGGAUAACUUGCCAGUCCUCAAGCUAGGAGAAUCUUCAUCUCUUAGACCAGGAGAAUGGGUGAUUGCUAUGGGCAGUCCUUUAUCACUUAGUAACACUGUCACCGCAGGCAUAGUCAGUACUGUACAUAGGGGAAGCAAAGAACUGGGCUUGAACCAUAAGGACAUGGAGUACAUUCAAACUGAUGCUGUUAUCACAUUUGGCAACUCUGGAGGUCCACUUGUUAACCUGGACGGAGAAGCAGUUGGUAUCAACACAAUGAAAGUCACCACAGGAAUAUCGUUUGCGAUCCCUGCAGACUACGCAAAGAAAUUCUUAGAGAAGGCGUCACUUUUGGAGAAAAGAUCCGAAUCUAAAGGCAGUUGGUUUAGUGGAAAGAAGAACAUUGUAGGAAGACGGUAUAUGGGCAUAACCAUGCUCACGCUAACCCCAUCUAUUAUCAUGGAACUGCAACAGCGAAUGGAUGGUGAUUUCCCCGAUGUAAAGCAUGGUGUAUGGAUUCAUAAAGUGGUGAUAGAUUCUCCUGCAUACAAUGGAGGCAUACGACCUGGUGAUGUCAUUACAAAGAUAAAUGGAGAAGAUGUAAAAUCGGCCAAGGAUGUGUAUGAUGCUGUGAAGGGCACUGACCAGAAGCUACACAUCACAAUAAUAAGAAAUUCAAGGUCUAGCACUGUCACUGUUGUACCAGAAGAUGUAUCUUAAAUUGACUUUCUGUGAUGUCUAUGGUGACAUGAGUGAUGGUGAAUAAUACAAAACAGAAAUGAUACAAAACUUAAAGUAUUGUAAAAUAUUUGAUAUUCAAAUCAUGAAAUGAUGGAUCAGAUUAAAGAUGUUAUUAAGGAUAAAGAUGUAAGAAGAGUUGUAAAAUCGAAAGUGAUUGAAAUUAUAGUCGAAUACAAUAAAAAUGAUAAAGAAUUGGUUAUGUUCUGCAUCUUCUUACUUACACUAAAGCUUUCUAGAAAUGUGCAGUUUGAUGAUCUAUCUUCAGUUUGAAAAAAUGAUUGGUUAUUGCUAUCAGCUAUUGAAAUGGACUAUAAUUCAUUCCUACAUGGUCAUCAUUCUUGUUAUUCACGUUUAGGCCUAC